AUGGCGGCCAACAACCUACGAAGCACUUACCAGCAAUACAAACACGAUACAGAUGUCGUGGCAUCAUGGCUCGCGACUACAGCCAAGUCGUUUGGCUACAACAAGCCCCUCGAACCACCUGCUCCUGCGGAACAGAAGACGCAAAGACUCAAAGGCAAAGCCAGAAAAGCCGGAAAUACUGCGCAGAGUGGAUCAGACAAUCCGAAAUACACCCUUGCUAUCAAGGAUUUCGUACCUUUGUCUGCUCACAUCGCUGGUGUCAAAGGCAGCAACGUAGAGGUUCCAGACUACUUCAACGUUGCACUUGAUAGAGUGAUCUCUGUUCGAAGUGCUUUCUCGAAAAAGCUGGCAGCUGCCGGCGAAGCCGUCGACAAGCCGUCUGAUGACCGUCACAGCUUUUUUGUCACUGUCUUGGAAAGCGUGCGCGACGCACUCAAGCCUUUGAUACGGACCAAUGCACUCGAUCUCAACAGCAUCAAGAAUGCUACGCCAAGGAGUGACAAAGACCGAAUCAGACAGACUAGAGUUCGCAAUGUCUUCGAGGUCUUGGAUGUGUAUGAGCCAUCGGCCGAGUUUCUCGCUGCACCAGAUGUCGCACCUCCGCCGAAGCCUGUGGAACUGGACUACACUGCUGAAGUGUGGAACGACUCCGUCAUUGAAGCCUUCAUGGCAAUGACCAUGUUGAUGGAUGACCUCUCUCGCCUUCGUGCUGAGAUUGCAGACCUGUGGGGUCGACAUCAUGCGGGAGAACUCGACCUGGCAACUGUGUCGGUAGCGACCAACACAGCGAUCCAGCUUGCGCACAGCAUGGAAGAUGAAGUCUACCCAGUGAUCAAGCAUCUGGUCGAAAGCGUGCCAUUCCACGAGGUGUACUUCUUGGCUAUCGCCAAAGAAGCUGGCGCUGAUCCCGAAGCGAAAGGCUGGUUCUGCUGGUCGGACGACUAUAACUUCAAAGCCUACGACAUCGCGAAUGCCCUGUUUGUCAACGCCCGUUAUGGCCUCCUGGUCUACCUCAACAAUAACAUGAACGGGCACAUUAUGGACUACAAUGGCAAAUGGGGUCGAUUCGACGAAAAUGAAGGCCCACCACCUAGAACGAACAGGGAAAAGUAUGCUCGCGAUAAGUCGACAUUGCAAGAGCUGUUUCAGGAUCUUCCCUUGCUACACAAUCAUCCGAUGGUGAUUGAGGAUCAGUUUGUCAUCGCUUUCGAUGCUGCGCGGAAGUCCUUUGCAAGGGAAAAUACAAACAAGCAACCACCCAUCUGGAUGUGCUUUGCUUUUCAAAUAUAUCUCGACAUUGUCUACUCUACCGAGGUUGGUGCGGGUUGGACGCAGAUGCGCAACGAGUUUACUACACUUCAGAGAUAUGUUGAGGUCUACCCUAGAGCUUCUUCCGACAUGAGAAAAUUGGUCGAAUCAGUUGAGAAGAUCAUGAAGGUCGAUCCUCUCGCACUUGUCCGGGCGGCGUUUACCUCUCCCUACAAGGACUAUACCAUGUGGCGUCGCAACCCCACACAUUGUGGUCUUUGGAUCCAUUAUGCACGAACCGUCUUCCAUAGAGAAGCUGUCAAGUACGCCGCAACACCCGGUGCGGUCAUGUGCGCAACGCAAUUAUACCAUGCCUUGCGCCAGACUGAGUUUCUUUCGGAAGAGUGGAAGGAUCUUCAGACGCUGUGGGAUAUGCAAGGAAAUUCGGCUUGCUUGAUUGGCGAGCCCCCUAAAGACUUUGAGGGACAUUGGAAGAACUACCUCAUGGCUAUUGGUGCUUCAGCAACGAACUGGGCAAGUUCGAAGAGGAACACGAAGGUCAAGGAAACCAAAGCAAACGCACGUUUGUUGAAGUUCAAGGGUCCAGUAUCGGCCUGGAUGGCUUCACGUAUUGCAACAAAUGGCGACGAACGACUCAUCACAGCCGAAGCCAUUGAAGACGCGAUCAAAGACGGCGCAUGCCAUCAUUCGUCCCUCGCCGCCGUCGCACCUACCAUUCAAAGGCAAACCCACGUCAUCCAGAAAUUAGCCACUGCUCUCCACGCCGAGGCUCCAGAAAUCACGUUCGAUUACUUCACCAUGCACGACCUUUGCUGGGAGUUGAUGGGGAGGAUGAAAGAACAAUUCAGUCCCAUCAUUGCUGCCAAAUCUGGAAAACAGUAG